GGCUCUCUCUCCGACUCGCUUUCCGGCGGAUGCACGGGGCCGCUGGCUGCCGCCGCCAGCCUUCUGGGCGCGUCUCUCUCCUGCGACCCUGGCCUCUGGCCCCGGCGAGAUAGCCGGGCCAGGCGAGGUUCUGGCCUGACCUGCGAGGUGACCUUCGUUCAGUCCCCUGUCGCGCCAAGCCUUGCCCCCGUCAGUGCGUGAGCCUGUCCAGCGGUUUGAGAACACCGACCUGCAUUGGCCCCAUAUUCUGCCCAGUGGCAGGGGGAGUGUCGGGCCGCCAGGCCCAGGGGCGGGGCCCGAGGAGAUGCCCCUGCAAGUGAAAUGGCCAUUCCCCGCGGUGCCGCCGCUUACCUGGACACUAGCCAGCAGCGUCGUCAUGGGCCUGGUGGGCACCUACAGCUGCUUCUGGACCAAGUACAUGAAUCACCUCACCGUCCACAACAAGGAGGUGCUGUACGAGCUCAUCGAGAACCGAGGCCCUGCCACUCCCCUCAUCACCGUCUCCAAUCACCAGUCCUGCAUGGAUGAUCCUCAUCUCUGGGGGAUCCUGAAACUCCGCCACAUCUGGAAUCUGAAGUUGAUGCGUUGGACUCCUGCGGCUGCAGAUAUCUGCUUCACCAAGGAGCUACACUCCCACUUCUUCAGCUUGGGCAAAUGUGUGCCUGUGUGCCGAGGAGACGGUGUCUACCAGAAGGGGAUGGACUUCAUUUUGGAGAAGCUCAACCAUGGGGACUGGGUACACAUCUUCCCAGAAGGGAAAGUGAACAUGAGUUCUGAGUUCCUGCGCUUCAAGUGGGGAAUUGGGCGCCUAAUUGCUGAGUGUCAUCUGAACCCCAUUAUCCUGCCACUGUGGCAUGUUGGAAUGAAUGACGUCCUUCCUAACAGCCCACCCUACUUCCCCCGCUUUGGCCAGAAAAUCACCGUGCUGAUUGGGAAGCCCUUCAGCGUACUGCCCAUGCUAGAACGGCUCCGGGCGGAGAACAAGUCAGCUAUGGAGAUGCGCAAAGCCCUCACGGACUUCAUUCAGGAGGAAUUCCAGCGCCUGAAGACCCAGGCAGAGCAGCUCCACAACCACCUCCAGCCUGGGAGAUAGACACCAUCCUGCCUGGCCCCAGGGAAUGGAUGGGUCCCCUGAGGCUUGGAGAGGAGGCAGUAUUGGGACCUCAGUCCCAGCUUGGCUGGCUCUCAGUGCUGCCUUUGGAUUCCUGCUUCUCACAAAACUGGGACUGGGGGAUGGAGUGAUGCUUUUAGUUUGGAUACAGUUUUUAGACAGACUGUCUCAUGAUUUCUACUGGGUGCCCUCUUCUACUUCGUGAGCAUCUAGCUCCUCCAUGGUUCAUCAGUUAAAGAGCGGGUCUCAGUGCCAGGCAUGGUGGUACAGUUUAUAAUCCCAGCAACUUGGGGAGCGGAAGCAGGAAGAUCACAAGUUCCAGGCCAGCCUCAGCAACUGAGUGAGACCUUGUAUCAAAAUGAAAAAUAAAAGGAGCUGGGAAUGUAGCUCAGUGGUAAAGCACCCCUGGGUUCAAUCACUAGUACAGAAAAAGGGAGGCUUCAGCAGUUCCUCCCACUUGGCCCAAGAAGGGAGGAAGAAACUUAGGCAGGGGUUUCCUUCCUGCCUUCUGAUGUUUUGUCCCAGGGACUGGCAUUGGGAGGGAACAAAGCAGGCCAGUGAGCAACUAGGUGGGUAGGGGAGCAGGUGGCCUGCCUGGAGCUAUGGUAGGAGGUCCAUAAGACCCCUCAGCCUGACUCCCACCCACCCUUGCCAAUCUAGGAGCUAUCCACUACCUCCUCAGGGAUGAUUGUUAGCCAUGUCUUCCUUCAGCUGAGCUCCCCAUACUGUAGGGCCUGUACUGGGCCAGGGCCUGGCCUCAGGUGGCCUGCACACAGGAAGAACAGUCCUUGGCCAGAAGUCAAGCCUAGCAGAACAGAGCCUGCAACAAGGGCCUGAGAUGUGGCUACUCACCCCUGUUGCAGGGCCCACCAACUUCUCCAUCCUUCUGCUUUGGUACCCCUCAUGUCCUCGGGUCUGGGUUUUCAUUUUUUUAAAAUAAUAAAGCAUCUGUGUUGUGCC